CGCCGCUGUCACUCACAGGCCGCUUUCGGGGGCAUGAACUAAGGCUAGUAGUAGCAGAGAGUGGCCGGGCGGUGGGGGGAGGGGUGAGUGAGUGAGAAGACUCGCGCGCGCUACUUGUACAUAUUUAGAAAUCAACAUGCAGACGACAGACAUUGGAGCCAAGGAGGAGGGAAAGAUCUGGCAGCGAAAACCUGCGCCAAGCAGCGUGGUCGUGGUCAGUGUCAUCCGGAGUCUGGCUGGGCAUCGCAGUAAGACCGCCCGCUUCCUGCACGUGGCCUUCGAUGUAACGGGCGAGUCGUUCCUCGCCGGAGACCACCACGGCAACAUCUACGUGUUCGACCUCAGCAGGAACAGGUUUAAACUUGUCCAGAAGACGGGACAGGCGUGCACCGCGCUGGCUUUCGGUCUGCGCCGCACAACGGAAUAUUUAGUCGCUCUCGCCGACUACUCCAUCAAGUGCUUCGAUAAAGACACGAAGCAGCUGGUGAGCUGGAUGCGGGGCCACGACGGAGCCGUGUCCUCUAUAUCGGUGCACGGUUCGGGCCGGUACGCCAUCACGACCUCGGCAGACACGGCGCAGCUGUGGGACCUGGAGACCUUCCAGAGGAAGAGGAAGCUCAGUGUGCAGCGGGCUGUGGGCAUCCAGAAGGUUUUCUUCCUGCCUCUGAGUAACACCAUCCUGAGCUGCUUUAGUGAUGAUUCCAUCUUCGCCUGGGACAGCGACACACUGCAGUGUAAACACCAGCUUCCUGUGCCAGAGGAGGGGUCCAGGCCACGCUACCGGGCGUUCGCUGUCUCACGGGACGGCAGGCUUCUGGCUGCAGGCGGACGGUCCAGCGUUGUCCACCUGUGGUGCCUGGACAACUGGCAGCUCCUCAAGGCCGUGCAGAUGCCCCCCAAAGUGAGGACAGUACGGCAGCUGGAGUUUGUGUCCGACAGCUUUGACCGCGGCUCCAGUCAGAUACUCGGCGUACUGAGCCAAGACGGCAUCGUGCAGUUCAUCAACAUUCAGACGCUGAAGCUCCUCUUUGAGGUGGGCAGUCCUCACAACGGAAUCACCUCUGUGGCCAUCGGUCCCAACGGCCGCCACGUCGUCGGGGUGAUGGAGAGCGGAGGUCUCAACGUCUACAGCGUCCAGGCUCUGACUCAGCACGUCAACAAGCCUCCCGCCCCUCUGGUGAAAGUGGUCACGGAGUCCGACCGGACUGCGAAGGUGCGGUCAGCAGCAGGCCGGGGUCCGGUCAGAACAUCCAGCCACACGGUCCACCCUCGCAGUUUGAGGCCUCUAGCUGUGUCUGCCCCGGAAGAUAAGGAGAAUGAGCUGCCAGAUGAACUGAACAAGAAGAGACUGCAGAAGUUGCUGAAAACAUUUGGAGAGUAUCCUGCCAAGUACAGAAUGUUUAUCUGGCGCUCCCUGCUGCAACUACCAGAGAACUUCUCAGCCUUCAGCAGUUUGACAGACAAGGGGCGGCACGCCGCCUUCGUGACGCUGCACCAGCGAUACCCCAUCAAGAGCCAACGGCUGCAGCGCGGUCUCCAGAGGGUCUUGUCAGCGCUCGCUCACUGGUCGGCUAUCUUCGGGGAGACUGAUUACCUACCGCUGCUGGCCUUCCCUUUCGUGAAGCUCUUCCACAAUAACCCCCUCAUAUGCUUCGAAGUGGUCGCCACGGUAAUAGUGAACUGGUGCCAGCACUGGUUCGAGUACUUCCCAAACCCACCGCUCAACGUGCUGAGCGUGGCAGAGAACGUCCUGGCGCAUCACGACAAGGAGCUGCUGCAGCACCUGGUCAACUGCGGCGUGACGUCACAGGUGUACGCGUGGCCGCUGCUGGAGACGCUCUUCUCGGAGGCACUCACGCGGGACGAGUGGCUGAAGCUGUUCGACAACGUGUUCUCCAACCACCCCUCGUUCCUGCUCAUGGCUGUAGUGGCAUACGUGACCUGCAGCCGGGCGCCGCUCCUGCUCUGCACCCAACGGGAGGACUUUGAGUACUUCUUCCAUCAUCGCAACAAUCUGGACAUCGACGCCUUGAUCAAGGAGACGUACCGGUUCAUGGAGAGCACCCCUGCCGAGCUCCACCCCCGCAGCACGUUGGACGACUUUGAGCCCCUGACGAAGGGCCUGUACCCUGUCUUCAACAAGUACCCCACUUUUAUAGUGGAGUAUUACUCGCAGGAGCGUGAUAGGAUCCGCCGGGAGGAAGCAGAGUACCUGCGAGAGAGGCAGCAGGUGCAGGAGCUGCAGGCGGAGGCGGUUCGGAGGCAGGCAGAGGACGAGGCUUGGCAUGUCCAGCAGGAGCUGCUGCGGGAGGCUGAAGAGCAGCGCAGGAGGACACUCCAGGAGGAGGAGGCACGGUUGACCCAGCAGCGCGUCAGGUUGACAGCUAUGAAGCGGGAGCUGAAGGCAAAGGAGCUGCAGCUGAUGGACGCGACACGGAGACGCUUCCUCCAGCACCAGCAGGAGCAGAAGAGGGCCGAGCUGCGGAGGCUCGACGACGAGAUCCGGAGGAAGAUGUCCCUGAGGCAGGAGGAGACGGCAGCCGCCGUGCAGGAACUCGAAGUGCGUCAGAUGGAGCUGGAGGCGCAGAGACGGCUGUUUGAACAGGAACUGGCAAAAGAGCAAGACAGAGUGGUGCAUGACAUAACGGGCGAAAUGAAUGUCCGUCAUCACCUGGCAGAGGUCAGCGAGUUGACAUUCCAGCAGCGGCUGCGAGCCGAACCAGACCUCAGCCUGGCAACCAAGAAGGGCCUGCAGGAGUCCCUAGCGAAGGCAGGCCUGCAGAGCCAAGGGGCAGAAUGGCGGGCGGCGGCACUAGAGCGGAUGAACAGGGCCGAGCAGGAGCAGGAGGAGCACCAACAGCGGUUGGCUGCUCUCAGCAGGGAGGCCUGUUCCUCGGAACACCGGCUCACCUGCACCAUGCAGCAGGUGGAGGGCAUGAAGUGGGAGGAGGUGGUGGACAGGAGGGUCCAGCUUGAAGCACAGCGGCGGGUCGCAGCGAGGAGGGAUGCAUCCCGGACGGAGGGGGAGGAGUGGGACCCUCGGUGCCUGGUGGACUGUUCGAACCCAGAGAUCGGGUCCCCUCUCUCAACCAGUGGACGGAUACAGAAACCAUCACCUGAUCGAAGAGAGCCAGACGACAUCUGCCUGAACACACUGUCCUCGCUGGAUGAGUCAGUGCCCUUUUCCCUGGACAGGGGCCGCAGCGAGCUGGACAGCCAGGAGAGGCAGCUGAUGCAAGAUAUCCGGGACCUGAGGCUGAAACUGGCCGCCCGCGCCAAAAACGCAAUGCCCCUCUCCAGCGCUUCAGUGAGAGCAGCCCAGGGCACAGUGCCCUCUGUAGGCCAGGAGCCGUCAAGGCAAUGUGGUUUGGACUUGUAGGCCAUUAUAUCCAGGACUAGGCAUUCGCCACUCUGGAACAACGCUGAUCAUCCAAGGAGCUCUUUUUCACGUUGCUUUGCAGUAAUAAAGAAGAGCUCUUCUCAUUUUUUUCCUGCCAAAAUUUAACAUUCCCUUACAGACCUUCUAAUAUGACAGUUUUAGAGAGCACCUUCAAACUUUAAAAUUUAGGUGUAUUUAAGUAGUAAGA